AUGUGCAACUUCAAGGAGAUCUGGACGCCUCGCAACGCGGCCACAUCACUGAAAGCAUCCCGUAUGUACGAGGCGGGCGGCAGCCUGUACUGGCUGGACACCAACGUCCAGGCAGCAGCGGGGGAGCUGGACAGCUUUCUGGCUGAGCCCAGCUGGGAGGAUGUCCUGACCUUCGAGCAGGCACACAUUCCGGCCCAGGCCAGAAAGGCGGAUGGGCGGCUUUACUUUACGCAGACGUUGACCUGCUACAACCAGCUCCAGCAGUUGGUGCCCCCUGGCGACGGCUUCCCAACAAAUCUUUUCAUGAUGAGUGGCAAAAUCUACCUCUUCGCCUGGUUCACCGCCAUGGCGAGGGCGCUGGCGUCGGCAGACGACGAGCGCCUGCUGCGGUUGCACGAGAUGGCGCUCACGGUGACCGUCAGGGUGCAUGUGGAGGCACCCAUGGAUCAGAUGUUGACAUGGUCCAUGCACGCCAGCGAACUGCUGCGCACGGCUGAGGCCGCGGACACGUUUGUCUUGUUCGCGAAGAAGGUUCGCAAGUUGACCGCGGACCUUCAGUCUGCGGGCGAGGACACUGCGGACUUGAAGCAGGUCCUGGAGGACCGCAACAUCCUCUUCAACCGUGCAAAGGCCAACAAGACGAUGGUGACAGCUCUGAAUGUUGUCAUGGGUAUGCUGGGCCAGCGCAUGGAGAGCGUGCUGCUCUCCGUAGACCGAGAGUUCGGCUCAGAGGUUUGGACCAGCGGCUACAACAAGCUCAUGCGGCUGGGCCAGCUGGCCAGCAAAAUCGUUCAGCAGUGUGGCAAAGCCGGCGCAGACAGGGAUGUCAUCCAUUUCUGCUUGGAGGUGUCGCUCAUGUGUCUCCGGCGCGGCUACCUGGAUGCCUCUUUCUUCAAGCUGCCCACGCUGGACAGCAAAGGCAACGAUCGGCCAGGCUGGAUCGCUGUGGCGUGCACGAAGUACUUCUUGCUCCAGAGCAUCCUGCAGGCAGCGAGGACAGCCGCGGACAUGGGGGAGAAGCAGGAGCCAGCGCUGCGUCGAGACGCCGAGCUUAUGGAGAAGCUCUGCAACCCCAUCGAGUACGACAACGUCAUGCCAGCGGAAGAAGCAGGGGAUGCUGAUGCCGCCGAGGGAGACAAGUCAGGCGGUGACCUGACGGAGGGAGAUAUCGAUGCCAUGGAUGCUCUGGCCGCUGACUGCAGCAAGGGUGGGAAGCUCCUUGCGUGCUUGGUGCGCGACCUCUUCCAGGGCGAGUACGAAGCCGACCUGAAAACCGUGACCAAUGUCUCCAGUCCCUGGGACACGCUGCAGCAGACUGGAGAGAAAGAGACGAAGCUGGGCAAGGCGCUGAAGGCUGCCAUGGCGGCCUGGACCUCAGCCGUUCUCUCCCCCGCGUUCCAAGCAUGGCGAUGA